AUGUAUAACAACAUUGGGCUCCCUACCCCUCGGGGUAGCGGCACGAACGGGUAUGUGCAGCGGAGCCUGGCUUACCUGCGGCCGAGACGCACAGACAUGCCUGGGCUGAACCAGCUGGGUACGAAGCCUAUACAGCAGCCGCAGAUACGGCGCGCGGACCCGGCGCUGCUGCUGCACGAGCAGCUGCGUCGCGUUGAGCUGCGUUUACUAGAAGAGAGAAACAAGCUGCAGCAGCAGGGUUUAUCUGCUGCUCGUAUAGAUAAAACAAUAGAAAUUAUGCGGCAGCAACUAACAAGAGAAGCACAUGUAGAGAAACAAAGACUAGGAGAUAAAACAGGAACACAAGAAGGUAUAUUUGGCCGCAGCCUGCUGCAGCUUUCUCAUGGCUUAGAUACACACGAAGGAGCAGCAUGGAAGCAAAGACAGCUGGAUCAGGUUGCUGCUGCUCUUGGUAUCAGCAGCAACCACAAGGUUGGCGAGGCCUUUGACUUUAAAAAACAAAAAGAAAUAAAAAUACAAAAACAAAAAGCCUGGGAGGAAAGAAAAAAACAAAUCAUAGAAGAAAGAAAAGCAGCCAUUCAGCAAAUCAGAGAAAAAAGAAAACAACAAAAACGAGCAGCCAAAAAAAUGCAAAAAAAAAGAAAUACGCGCAAGUCCUCCAGCAGCAGCAGCAGCAGCAGCAGCAGCAGCAGCAGCAGCAGCAGUAGCAGUAGUAGCAGCAGCAGCAGCAGCGACAGCGACAGCGACAGCAGCAGCAGCAGCAGCAGCAGCAGCAGCGAUGACAGCGAUGAUGAGCGGAAGAAGCGGGGAGGCCGAGUAAAGGUGAAAGUAAAGGGAGAGGAGAAUGAGUCAAAGGCAGCAGCAGCAGCAGCAGCAGCAAGUGCAGCAGCAGCAGCAGCAGCAGCAGCAGCAACAGCCCGGAGAGAUGCACCAUCUCUGCGUGCUGUUGCAGCAGAAGCUGCGAGGAUUGCGCGGGGAGAGACAAAGAGAGAAAGAAGCGAAGAAGCAGCAGAAAGAAUAAGGAGAAGAGAGACAGAAGAAGAGACAGAUACACACAGCCCCCUCUUAUCUGAGGAGGAGGCAGAGGAGACAGCAGCAAGGCGACGCAGCAGCAGCAACGGCAGACGCAGCAUCAGCCGCAGCCGCAGCAGCAGCAGCAGCAGAAGGGGCCGCAGGCAGCAGGAGAGAAGGCCCAGGGAGAUAACAGAGACAGCAAGAGGAGGAGAUAGAGACAGAUACACUGAACCAGCAGCAGCAACAGCAGCAGCAGCAGCAGCAGCAGCAAGAAGGUUUAGAGAAACAGCAGAAGAUGAAAGAGAAGAAAGGAGAAAAAGACAAAGACAAGAAGAGGAGACAGACAGAGACAGACAAAGACACAGCGGCGAGGCGAUGAGCUCAGCAUACACCCCAAAAGAAGAAGAAACAAGCAGAAAUAGAAACAGAGACAGAGAAGGAGACAGAGAAAGAGAGAGGGAUAGAGACAGAGAAAGAGAAAGAGAUAGAGGAGACAGAGAAGGAGACAGAGGAGACAGAGAAAGGGGAGACAGAGAAAGAGAGAGAGAUAGAGACAGAGAGAGAGAAGACAGACACAGAGACAGAGAGAGAGAAGACAGAGACAGAAGAGGAGACAGAGAGAGAGACAGAGAGAGAGAAAGAGAGAGAGACAGAGAGAGAGACAGAGAGAGAGACAGAGAGAGAGACAGAGAGGGGGGAGAGUUGCUGCAGGAGAGAGGGAGAGUGAGAGCAGACGAAGACAGAGACAGAAGAGAAGAUAAAGACAGAGACAGAACAAUAAGAGACAGAGAGAGGGGAGACAGAGAUAGAGGAGACAGAGAUAGAGGAGGAGACAGAGACAGAGAUAGAGAAGACAGAGGGGGAGACAGAGACAGAAGAGAAGACAAAGACAGAGACAGGGAAAGAGGAGACAGAGACAGAGACAGAGGAGACAGAGAGAGGAGAGAAACGCGAGAUAAAGACAGAGAGACACGAGAAGAUAGAGACAGACACAGAGAAGGAGACAGAGACAGAGACAGAGACAGAGAGAGAGGAGACAGAGACAGAGACAGAGAGAGAGAGAGGGGAGAGAGAGAGAGAGACGGAGGAGACAGAGAUAGAGGAGACAGAGAGAGAGGGAGGGGCUGA